AUGGCCCACGACGUGCGGAACUUGCCUUUAUACCUGUCAAGAGCGACAACACGCAGCCUCCACGACCGCGACGACGACGAGCACCGCGACCGCGACCGCGACCACGCAGCCCGUGCUGGUUACGCCGAGGACGACGACGGCGCCAAUACAGCUGACUACAGCCACGGACCUGCGCUUCGAUCGUCGAGUCCACAUCGACUGUCGUUCCCACAGAGCGUUCGCUCGUUCGCCACCGUAUCUGCUACGACUCAUCACGGAUCGUUGUGCGCUCCUUCACCCCCACCUCCGCUGCCGAUCAGUGGGCCUUCUCAGUCGACGAACUUCGCCAACAGCGGCGGCGCGAGCGACGCGGCCGGCGCAAACGACGGCGACGCCUACCACGCCCACCAGCACCCUUACGCCGAGACCCACGCCUACGCGUCGCUGCCACCACCACCGGCAUCCUUGACAGGCGCGGCGAAAGCGAGAGCGAUCGGAGCUGCUGCAAGGGCAGAGAGCUCGAAGAUACGACCCGAUCUACCCCGUUCGAGCUCGACUUCAACGAUUCGAGCAGGUGUCGAGCAACACGGCGGCGCCUCCCGAGGUGAAUCGACCCCGGCUUCGUCCUUCUCUCCGAGACAGGGGGCCAGCAGCAACGCUGAGCUUCCUCCACAUACCACGAUGGCGGGUUCGCACUCGACCACAGCAGCCCCAUCUUAUUCGAAGGUCGAUCCGGACCUGAUAUCAGCCUUGUCCUUGGCACCCAACCCUCAUGACGAGGGCUCCCAAAGCUCCCUUCGGCCUUUCCCGCCGCGAUCGCUUUCGGGCUCGCUGCGGCAUUGUGCCGAUCAACCCGGAACGACAUACCCCAGCCAACAAUCUCGAUCGUGUCCGCCAUCGAGCAGUUCUUCUCCUCUGCAGUCCCACGAAGCUGUCUUUGCUUCGCCUUCGCCUUCCCCGCCCCUGACCUCCCUUUCGCCACCGACGUCACAACGUGCCGAGCGGUUUCGCCAUGCCUCGUCUCCCCAGACCUCGCAUGCAACACCAGGCUCGUCGAUCUCCUCGGCAUCCUCUUUUCUCGCCAGUUCAUCCAAUACCUUCCAGUCGAUCGGCGCCAAGUUGCAGUCGGCUAAAUUCAAGGAUCGCUUCCACGCCGUCGGCGAGCAGGCCAAAGAAUGGAGCGGCAAGGGUAAGGGCAAGAUCGCCGACGCAUGGGUACGCAAAGCCACGAACGGGAUCAACCAAAUCGCAACUGCUUCGAAUAUUAACUCUCGCUCGACGCCACCCCUCGUCAUGGACAAUCGGCCGGAUUCGGCCCAAAGCGGUGGCCCGUUCCUCGAACCCAUGGGCACGUAUCGAUCCAACUCGGCGAGUGGGACGGACUUUAGAGCGCCAUCGCCCAGUCAUUCCUUGGACGGCAAUAGUGACUCUUCAUUGUUCUCUGGGAUCAGACUCCCUUGCUUGAUCCUCGGUGUACGCGUGCCGAGACGUUCGGGCAUGGCGUUUGGGAUCAAGCUUGAUCGUGCAGUGCAGCUCUCGUCGGUCACGUUGAGUGACGUGCAUCGUAAGCGUGAUGAGGAUCCCAUCACGGGGGACGAGGCCAAGAGUUGGUUGCCGGCUGUCGCGUAUCGGUGUUUGCAGUAUCUCGAGGAGUGGGGCAAGAAGGAAGAGGGAAUAUAUCGGUGAGUUUUGAAAAGUCGUCUUGAACAUGUGACUUAGCGACUGAAUCUGUGAUGACGCGCCGACUUUAGGAUACCGGGGAGAAGCAACAUGAUCAACCAACUUCGAGCACUAUUCGACGCAGGUAUGGACAAGGACCUAAGAGAGAUUCAUCCCGGUGAUCUCGACCCCCAUGGUCAGUUCGUGCAAGCCUAUCGAACAAUGUUCAAUUCGAAAUAGCUGAUCCCGUUGGACAAUUGGAGAUGCCGACAGCUGUUGCAUCGUUGUUCAAACUCUGGCUUCGGGAGCGUGCGUUAAGCUUCUGGCUGGUCUGUUCAGGCCUUAUUGCGACAUGAGAACCAUCUGACACGUACUUCUGAAAAAAUCUGGCCCUCACAGUUCCCGAGUCUCUGAUGUCGUCACAAUUGGAAGCGGCAAUUGACAUGCUCACACAGGAAGCAAUCGGCUACUCCGCAUCGUCGUCCAACUUUUUGUACCAGCAGCAAGCUCCACCUACCACGGGAGGGCUCAUCGAUGGUCGUGCGCCGAAACCUUACCUCGAGAAGCUGCGCGAGCUGUUCGGCAACGGCAUGCCCGCAGAACACUUUUACCUCUUACGGGGUUUGUCGUAAGUGUUACUGUAGGCCGUUUCGCCUCUCGUGUAGCGAAGCUGACGCACUUCGGAAUCGUACCCAGAUACCACUUGGCUCGCUUGUCGUCAUACUCGUCGGCAAACAAAAUGACGCUCAGCAAUCUGCGACUGAUACUCUCCCCGACGUUCCGACUUUCUCCCGUUUUCGUGCAAGUACUCGUCGAGGAUCGCGAGAUCAUCUUUGGUCGCAUGAAUGAAGAUGCUCGACUGCGCGACCAAGGCUUUAUUUCGCCGAGAAUUCAGUCGCCCAUCCUCGGUCCGGCCCACUCGCCGACGCCACCUCCUCUCCUGUCCUCGCCUCAGAUGGAACAUACCGGUAUGUCGUGGCUAGAUUACCGAAGCUCUCGUCGAGCGGUGCUUAUUCGGUCCCUUCCUCUGCGCAUAGAAUCAUCGCCACCCCACGCUCACAGACCCUCUUCGCCCUCGUCGACCCCACCGACUUCCCCAUUCUUUGCCGCUGAACCCAUUUUCGCUGCUCCCACUCCACCGACCCUGCCUUUCCGGACACCGAUAGCAGAACGAUUCGCUCAAUAUAGAGCCUCACCAGUGCCCUCUGGGGCAGAGGAAGCCUCGUCGGUGCCUUCGCCCAAAGCCGUGUCGUGCGACUUACCAACCUCAAUGCCGAGCGGCUUCUCCUCCGGACCGGCGUUUAACUCUUCCAAGCCCGCAUUCCUUCCCAGUCGGAACGUCGUCAACGGCGGCGGCUUCUUCGGUGGUAGCAGAGACAAGGGGCAUAGCGCCUCGCUCUCGAGUGGCGGCGCGUCGACGAGAAAGAACUCGACCGAUUCGGGCCGAUCGAACGGCUCGUCGAUUGUGCCGAGAUCCGAUACGAGCGAGGGCAAGACGCAGGACUUUCAACUGAAUCUUCCUCAGGGAUUCGGCUUGGGCCUUUCUGUACCGUCGGUUUCCUCAGGAAAGGAUGACGAGGAUCCUUGGGGCUUGAUGCGCUCGGUCGAAAAAACGUGA